UGGAAAGCAGAAGUCUCUUAUAGUUUGGCAACUGCAUGCUGUAGCUUUCCCUUUUCGAAAGACAACUACACUGACCAAUUUUCCACUCGACGUUGUUUGGUUGUGUUUUGUAAUUUGUUGUCUGGGGUGGGCGUUUUUUGAGUUGUCGGUGAGUGACGUUUUUGUUCCCGUACCUCCAUGAUUUGCUGACACAAUUUGUGGGCAAAACCUGCUAAAAUGGCGGCAAGGAGGAAAGUUUAUACAUCUGAGGCCUAUACCCAACCAACAAAGCCUGCUGCAAUGGUUUCAAGAAAGCAGAAACGUGUUUCGUGGUCGGACGAUAAAGGUGGUUAUCUUAGCUCCAGCUUGGAUGAUGAUGAUGUCUUCAGUCAUCAGUCUGAGGGUAUGGGAGGCCUACUGUCUCUAUUUCUACUGGUAGUUCCAAUGAUGCAUCUAUACAUUUGCCCAUAUACAAAAGUAGAAGAGAGUUUUAAUCUUCAAGCUAUGCAUGAUAUCAUCUACCAUAGACGCAACAUUACUGCAUAUGAUCACCAGGAGUUUCCCGGGGUUGUCCCAAGGACAUUUAUUGGUCCUCUGGUAGUCUCUGGUUUAGCAUCACCCUUCAUUGCUAUUGCUUCUGCACUGGGUGCUUCAUCUAUGGUGACUCAAUACAUAGUGCGAGCUUGCCUUGGGUUCCUGGUCAUCCACUCCUUUCGAGAUUUCUGUGAGCAGGUGUCGUGGAUGUUUGGAUCAGACACGGCUAAUUACCUGGCUUUAAUAACGCUGUCACAGUUUCACUUCAUGUUCUAUGUCACAAGACCUCUACCAAAUAUCUUCGCCUUGGCUAUUGCUCUGAAGGCAAUCAGUGCAUGGAUGCAACAGAACCAUAGAGAUUUUAUCUUACUGUCAGCGUUUGCAAUAAUUACGUUUCGUUUUGAGCUGUGCUUGCUGCUUGGUCUCAUGCUCCUUGGGGAGCUGUUAUCACAGAGGCUUGGUUUCUUGACCCUCAUUGGAUGGGGCAUAGUAGGAGCUGUUCUAAGUCUGGGUUCAACCGUUCUGAUAGAUUCUUUCUUCUGGCAGUAUUGGUUAUGGCCAGAAGGGACGGUAUUGUGGUAUAAUACUGUACUCAACAAGAGCAGCAAUUGGGGUACGUCUCCUUUCUUGUGGUAUUUCUACUCUGCCAUACCCAGAGCAUUGGCUUCCAGUCUAAUGCUAGUUCCUAUUGGUUGCUUUGUAGACCGUAGGAUAUGGCGGUUCUUGCUACCCCCAAUUGGCUUUGUGUUCUUAUUCUCAUUUCUACCACACAAGGAGCUACGAUUUAUCAUCUACACAUUCCCUAUGCUAAAUACUGCUGCUGCUGUUGCUGUGUCUUAUAUAUUUCGACGUUUCACCAAGUCUGCACUUAUGAAGAUCCUAGCCUUAGGGGUCAUAGGUCAUUUUCUAAUCAACAUGGCUGCCACUACAAUCUUCCUAGUAGUAUCUCAUCAUAACUACCCAGGAGGCGUGGCUCUUAGAAAACUCCACGAUGAAGUACCCCAAGACAACAACCAUGUCCAUAUUCACAUUGAUGUCGCUACUGCUCAAACCGGGGUCUCUCGUUUCACUCAGAUAAACAAACACUGGAUAUAUAAUAAAACUGAAGAUCUUACCCCAGGCAGCAAUGCCAUGAUGUCUUAUACCCAUCUAUGCGUUGGUGCAUCACACCAUGACAACACUACCCUACAGCCCUACAGACUAACCCACAACAUCCUAAGCGUCAUUCAUGGCUUCUCUGGUAUAAGUCUCAGGGAGAAACCAUACAUCAAGCUGGAACCAAAGAUAUACGUCAUGGAACGAAGAAAUCAAACAUGAAAUCAGGUGACUCCUUAUAGGUCCCAAAGUCUGACCUCCCAGCAAAAGAUCAAAUCAAAAACAGGAGGACAGUUUCCAAAGUGCCGCCCAACACCCCUACUCUUUCCUCUUCCCCCGCCCCCUCUUCCCCCUCCCCCUCCUCCUCCUCCUCCUCCCCGAACCUCCUCUUCAUCUUAUAAGCAUUUAUAAUUGCCACAUGACAAUGUAUUAGCAUCAAUUGAUGGUUUGCACUAAAAGUAUCAUCAACUGCUAUAUUUGAUAAUAAACAAUGGAAAGUUGCAUGCUUGUGUGCGCUUGCACAAACUCUCAGCCAAUAAUAGGAUUUGCAGGCGUACACAUUUCAUCAAAGAUGGUGGUUGAUGAUGCUUUAUGCAAUCCAUUUACAGGUUCCAUCACUGAGGCUUAUUGGUUAGCAUGGUGGAGGGACAAUGAAAACUAUGUGCAAUACAACCUCUCCUUAUCUUAGAUAAACCCUUACCCUACCCCCUUCCCCCAAUAGGGUGCACCACUAUUGACGUGGUUCUAGGCAGAUGAUUUGCAAGUUACUUAGUGCACUAAAUAUACAUUGCUGAUCUUAAUUUUGUGACGAUCAAAAACUGAACAUUUUUGUAAAACUGGUGCUGCUGUGUAUAGAGUUUGAAAAUGACUGCUUUAAAAAAGACUUAUAUUUUGAAUGAUAUAAAAUUGAUCAUGUUCAUCUAAAAGUGAUGUAAAUUGUUUAUAUUAAUGCUUAAUAGUGCCACAAAAAGUUUUAAAUGAUUAUCAAUAUUUAAUGAUAAUAAUAACAAUAAACAUCACUUAAAAAGCGCACAGUAUCUGACCCAAAAUGCCCAUCUUUCUACUCUUGAAAAUGUUUUGGCAGGAUUGGGCGCAUCACACAGCCUUCUUGUUUGCCCUCCAGUCUUCAAGGCAGUACUGCUACUCGAGGGCUGGGCAGCGUCAUCAGUGUGGCAUUGAUUGGGGUGAUGUACCACAAUCGCAUUUGGUGUCAUCAUUGUCGAUAUACCCCCAUUUCUAGAUGGUUGUCUUGCAUCAUCCAACCUCUGUACAUAGUCUAU